AUGUUACAGCGCGCUUCUUCGUGGUUCAACAACAUAUUCAAUAAGAUAUUGCAAGUCGAGAUCCAUGUUCGCCUUCCACCGCCAGCGAGCGAUGAUACUCCUACCUAUAUUCCUUCCUUCGAGAUGGACCUUCCCUCAUUCUCUACUACGAUCGGAGACCUCCAAAGCUCCUACGAGUUUGGCCACUUUGCCCUCAAGACCGCCAAUAAACCAGUUCAACUGAAGUCCGUCUGCGCGGCUACCGCGAAGGUGGAAAGUUCUAACGCACCGAUAUAUGGCUACUACAACACAAGCAGCUCGCUCGACCUCGUCACCUCUAACGGCGUGAUCGACGCGGUCAUUCACAUGUACAACGAUAACGCUGGCCUGCCGACCUCUCUCAGGCUUGAAACAUCAAAUGGGAAAAUUGAGACUUCCAUCUCUCUUUACUCUUCCCACCGCACCUCUGAUUAUGGCCAAUUCAAAAUCGACGCCAGAACGAGCAACAAGCCCCUCGAACUCACCCUUCACAAAGCUCCCGUCGAUUCAACUCUGACUCUCGAAGGCAAAACCUCCAAUGCACCAGCCGAGGUCUCUGUCCCCGCUGCCUACGAAGGCGACUUUGUGCUGUCCACUUCGAACGCCGCGCCUGCAGUGAGAAGGGUUCACGACGUAGAAGACCCUUCUGGUGCUGGAAGGAGUCGGCGUGUCGAUACCUCUAGCGUGAUCGGGGGGACUUUGCGAGGGAACGUCGCAUGGCGCAGUGGUCUUGUGGAUCUGGAGGAGCAAGCCGACGGUGGUCAAAGCUUGACAGGGAGUGGUACGGUCCAAGUGACGACAUCCAAUGGCCCGGUGCAGUUGAUAGUGUAA